AUGUAUCUGACAAUAGGGGCUAUCUUCUUAGCACAGACUGUAGUAGGGGUCUUGGGCAACCUCUCACUUCUCCAACAUUACCUGGUCCUUCAUUUCACCAAGGGCCAGUUAAGAGGCAUAGAUGUGUUUAUUAAGCACCUGGUGGUAGCCAAUUUUAUGGUCCUUUGUAAAGGAGUCCUAAAUGCAAUGGCUUUAUUUGAGUGGAAAUAUUUGUUCAGUGAUCUUGCAUGCCAACUUAUUCUCUAUCUGCACCGAGUGGGGAGAGGGGUCUCCAUCGGUAGUGUCUGUCUCUUGAGUAUCUUCCAGGUGUUCACCAUCAGCUCCAGAUCGUCCAGGUGGGCCCAGUUGAGAACAAAAGUCCUCAAGCAUGCAUGGGUUGCUCUUUACUUAUGGUGGAUAGUUUCCAUGCUGGUAAACAUUCCCUUCCCUCUUUUUGUUACUGCCACAUCCAGCAACAGCACACCAGGCAAAAGAGUCAUUGGGUAUUAUUCUUCUGUGAUUCACGACGCAACCAGUAACAUAUUAUAUGCACUGCUGCUCACGUCCCCUGAUGUGCUCUGUCUGGGGCUCAUGCUUGGGGCGAGCAGCUCCAUGAUUUACAUCUUGUACAGACACAAACAGAAGAUCCGGCACCUACGAACAAACAUCUCCAUCCGGUCUUCCCCUGAAACCAGAGCCACCCAAAACAUCAUUCUCCUGGUGAGCACUUUUGUAUGCUUUUACACCCUUUCCUGCUCCUUGCAAGUGGCAUUAGCAAUUAUGGAUAAUACAAGUACUUUGUUGGAGAAUUUAGCUGCAGUCAUGGCUGCCAGUUUCCCCGUUGUCAGCCCUUUUGUGCUCAUGCAACAAGAAACUAGUGUGCUCAGGCUUUGCUGUGUCUGGAUGAGGAAUCCCAAAUUCAGGGGCCCAGUGGGGAACAGGUAG